AUGCAGGUGACAGCAGCUUUCGUUGCGCUGCUCGCAGCUGCUCAGGCCGAGUACCAUGCUAAUAUCAACUAUCGAUCACCUUCGCACGUCCACAACCUGGCCAUCAGUAUACCAAAGGUCAUGAAGAGGCACGGUGGAGCCUCUCACCAAGAUCCAGCUGCAGUGAACUUCACUCAUGGAGUCGCAUCUGGUGAUCCGUACGCCGAGAGCGUCAUUCUCUGGACACGAGCCAGUCCAACGAUGGACAACGAUCACAGCAAUGUAACCGUGUCGGGCACUGCAGCACUGUAUAACCACGAGACCGCCCAGUACGUCGAGGCGAGCAAGAGUUCGAUUUGUGUGGAGUGGACUCUGUCUCCAGACGAGGACUUGAAACACUCUGCAGCACAUGGCAAAGCCUACACGAGCUCCGAUAUCGAUUACACGAUCAAGAUUGAAGCUAAGGGAUUGAAGCCAUACACUUGGUACUGGUAUCAAUUCACUGUAUGCGACAGCAACAACAAGAGCCCGGUGGGUCGCACCAAGACUGCUCCUGCGAAAGAUCAAGAUGUGGACAACAUCGGAGUGGCUGUCUUCUCAUGCAGCAACUUCCCGACUGGAUAUUUCAAUGGCUAUGGUAAUUCGACUAGGAAGGACAACGUCGAAUACGUCGUUCAUCUCGGUGACUACAUCUAUGAAUACGCGACCUCUUCACCAACCUACGGCCGAGCAGUCCGCCCCGAACGAGAGAUCUUCAUACUAUACAACUACCGAGCGCGUCUCGCGACCUACCGCACUGAUCUGGACCUACUGCUCUUGCAUUCAAGUAUCCCUGGAUUCCGACCUGGGACGAUCAUGAGAGAUGGCAGCUCUGGCUUGAACAACACCGAAGAGUCCUUCGAGGAGAACGGAAGAGUCAGUGUCGACCAGCGCAAGAUGAACGCGGUUCGUGCGUACUUCGAGUGGAUGCCAAUUCGUCAAGUAGACAUGGACAACAAUCUGAGGAUCUGGAGGAGUUUCAAUCUCGGCAACCUGUUCGAUCCCAUCAUUCUUGACACGAGGAACUAUGACCGAAGCAUCACUGAUCUCGGAUGGAAUGAGGAUUACAUACCAGAAAUCAUGAACGACGCUGGCAGGACCAUGAUGGGCUCUAUACAGGAGAAUUGGUUAUACAACACACUGAAGCGCUCCAAGGCCACGUGGCGCAUCAUCGGAUCGCAGGUCGUCUUCUCAACCAUAAACGCGACUCGUUGGUUCGGUACCGACUACAAUACUGAUGCUUGGGAUGGCUACAUGGCGAACAAGAACCGGACUCUGAAGACACUCUACGACAACAACAUUGGUAACAAUAUCGUGUUGGCAGGCGACACGCACGAGAACUGGGUGGCCGACUUGACAUGGCUGGAAGAAAAGGACUACGACCAACAAUCCGGUGCUGGCGCUGUUGGGGUUGAAUUCGCAGGGACUGCCGUUUCCAGCACGUCCUCCUGUGGCGAUGAGUUCACUAUCAACUCAUGCAAUAACCAGUCCCGCAACCUUGUCGCCGACAAUCCCGAAUUGCAAUGGCAAGAAGGCUACUAUCGCGGCUACUACGAGAUGCAGAUCAGCAAGAAAGAAGUACGAGCUUCAUAUUUUGGCACGCCAUCUCUGGUGACAAGAAAUGGCUAUGAAGUUCCACUGGCCAACUUCACGAUCGCUGCGGGCGAUAAUCGUCUCACCAGGCCUGUAGGCGGAGAGUCAGGCGUAAGAAAUGGCGCUUUGCAACGCAAAGAGACGACCGUCAGUAACCUCACUCUGGACACGAAUACUGGACGAUGGUUCGAACACAACGAGAACGUGCUCAACAUCCCAAGGCAAAGCAGUUAG